AUGUUAAUCUCACUAGAUUCAAGAGAAAUACUAGAUGAAUACAUUGUAAGAUUAUUCAAUUAAUCAAAUUAGGAUCCAGAAUUAUUUUUGAGACCAAAUUUAAUGAAUUUACCAUUCUCAAAUAUCAGAUGGAAUGAUCAAAAUGAAGUAUCAUUCAACUCUAGUCCAAUCAAUAAUAGACAAAGUACUUUGCUUGAAUGGGAUUUCAAUCAAGAUAACAAUUGCAACAAGGAUUCUAAAAGCUUAGUCAAAAUUUCAUCAAUAUCUUAAAAUGCUGAAGAUUAGAUUUAGCUACAAAGAAUUGAAAAGCUAUAAGGAAUUGAUGACAUUGCAUAAGUUUAAGCCAUUGAUGAUGAUCAUAAGCUUUAAGAAGAAUAAAAUUGGUCAAUUGUUCCUCAAUUUAGAGAAAUUUUUAACACAGAGAAGCAAAGUGAAAAGAAAGAAAAGCUAAAUGUCAAGAAAAAUAAAUUCUCUAGACAUUAGAAAAAUGAUCAACAAAUACGCAUUUUAGAAAAUCAAUUUUUUAAGACUUAAUUGUGGUCAAGAAACCUGAUUGAAGAACUAUCUUUGAAACUUCAACUCAGACCUCAGCAAAUUUACAAAUGGUACUAUGACAAAAUCAACUAUAAAAGCAAAAAAAGGUAAACCUAGAGAUAGUCUGAAGUUUAAUGA